AUGUCUUCCUCACCACGCGCAACUUCUCCCACCGGUGCCACUUCUGGCUCAGAGCGCGAUGUCCGCUCAUCAGCCCGUGCGUCAUCUCCGUCAGUCCCCGGAGGUCCUAAGGCUGUUAUGCGCCGAAAGACUGCUGCCGACAGGGCUGCUCAGGCAGCAAAUGCCCGUCCCUCCAGCACCCGCGCUGCCGGCGCCGGUGGAAGCAGCAGCACUAUGUUGAAGCUCUACACCGACGAGUCCCCCGGACUCAAGGUCGACCCCGUCAUUGUCCUCGUUCUCUCCUUGGGUUUCAUCUUCAGUGUUGUGGCUAUGCACAUCAUUGCCAAGCUUAGUAGGAAAUUCGCCGCGUAA